CGUGAUCAACGGAAGAGCAGUCAAAAUCCAUGGACGCCGUUGUUUGAUAGAAGGUUGUUGAUCAGUGAGAGCGAGAAGGUUUUGAUCGAGAAUUUGUAAGAAUUGUUUUACAAUCUACGUCUCAUCAUGCCGUCGAGCCGUCCAGUGACAGGCUCCAAUAAGGCUCGUAAAAAACUCAUCCGACCCAGUUCGGCUUCUGCUAAUCUUCACUGUUAUUCUAUUAGUGUACUUGAUAAUGGCCAGAGACCAGCCACCGCAGCUACGUCUGGGCUGCUUUCAGACAAACCUCCGAGACCUACCACUCAAGCAGGAGGAUCCAGGAAACAAUGGGAACCGCCUAAAGAAGACAACUCUUUCAUCGAGGCGGCAAAACAGCCCCGUCGAUUAACUCUUGGGGCUGUGGACGGAAUUCAGGAAUUGGAGUCCAUCAAACGACCAGGAAGUAUCCAAGGCUCUGUUUCGCAGCAGUUGAAAAAUAAGAUUGAGGAGCAGAUAAACAUUGAAACAUUGGAGCAGCUGAAGCUGGCCUUUGCUGAGGCUGAUGCAAACCAAUCAGGACAGCUGGAUUUGGAGGAGUUCAAGGCCCUUCUCAAACAGAGGCUCUACAUCAAAGGCAACAAAGAGAACCAGAUAGAUGCCCUAUUUAUGAAGAUUGACUGGUCGUCAGAGGGAGUGAUUUCGUGGGAUGAGUUUUGUACGUACAUGCAGUUAGAGUAUGCUGAAAAAGAGGACUCCUACCUCCGAUCCAAAGAAGUCAACUUCCAUCUACCCGCCAAGAUACAGAAUCCACAGCAUAAAAAUCCCAUUCUGAAAAUCACAGACACCCAGGAUGGAACAUUCAUAGCAUGUAGUCAGGAUGGAAUGGUGACUUUCUGGGGAGCUAAUGUAGAACUAAAAGAAACCAAAUAUGUUGUGAACACUGAGGCCAAGAACAAACAGAAGACUAAAUGGAUCACAGAUUUUGUUAUCAUGGCUCAGUGGAAGAAGGUUCUUGUUGGAACUGGAGACAGGGAAAUUCAGUUCUUUGACUCCUCUUCGUAUAAACCAUAUUGUCAAAUCAGUAGUCUGGAGACAGUGCCAUUAAAACUUGAUUAUUGUGCCACUGGAUCAGAUGAAUGUUUGAUUUUAUUUGGGGACAGUGAUGGGUGUAUCAACAUACUAGUCAUAAAUUCUGUUGGAGAAUGUCUCAGGACUUGGAAUAAACUGCCCAGUAAGGAGGGCUUUAUAGCUGAGAUCAGUCUGUCGGAUGCCAUCUCUAAAUCCAAGAUCCAGUUUAUCCGAUGGAAAGUUCAUGGAGACUGGGUACAGCAGUUGAAGUAUUACCACGAAAUAGGUCAAGUUAUAUCCUGUUCUAAUCACCAGGAAACAGCAUUAGUUAUAGGUUGUACCAGUGGGAGCACCAGAGUGGACCAGGGAGGUAACUCUUACACAGAGAAAGCAAAGAAGACCAACGCCAAGCUGAGAUUGGACGCGGACCAGAAAGUGUUCUACGUUUACAAGGGAGUCAAGUGUUUUGACUUCUCUAAAGAUAAAAACAUCAUUGUAACAGGAGGCAUGGAUAGAAUAGUCCGACUGUGGAAUCCUUAUGUCUCAGAUAAACCCACUGCCAUGCUACGGGGACAUAAUGCUCCCAUAUUUUACCUGUUUAUAGCCAAUGAAGAGAAUCGUGUGUUCAGUUUAUCUACAGACAAAUGUAUCAAGGUGUGGGACAUUUUAGAUCAUAAUUGUCUACUGACUGUUCGACCGAAAGGUCACAAAAUCCGUGGAGAUCUCCAAGCCUGCCAUUAUUCCAGUGCUGCCAAGAGUAUGGCCAUAGCAACAGAUCAAAUGGCCAUUCUCAAUCUCAAACAAAAACCAACAAAGCAUGCAGACAUAACAAUCACUCACAAAGAACCGGUGACGUGUGUACGAUUCAAUCCUAGUUUUAAACAAGUCAUCACUUGCUCAGAGAGCUCAGUAAUCAAGCUGUGGGACCUGGAGACAGGAACCCCCAUUUUUGAAUAUGGGGAUGCCCACGGAGAUUCAGCCAUUACUUGUAUGACCUUUGACAACACAGGAAGAAGGUUAAUUACGGGAGGUAGGGAUGGGAUCCUCAAAAUCUGGAACUAUAACAAUGGGCAUUGUCUGAAGGUCCUCAAAAAAGAGGAAGAUAAUGAUGAGAUUUGUGACAUCACCUAUGUAGAGAUGAAUAGAAACAGAUAUGUAGUGUCUGUUGGCUGGGACAAAAGAAUAAACAUUUACUCUGAUUCAGUCACUGAUGUCAACAUCCAUCAUGUACAACAUCCCAAUCCAAACUGGUCUGAUGAUUUAAAAGAUGGCCAUAAGGAAGAUAUCUUGUCAGUGGCUCAGUGUCCCCCCAAUCUGCUGGCAACCUCUGGAUACGACGGUGAAAUCAUUGUGUGGAACAUGGUAUCUGGUCACAUCUUCUGUCAUCUAUCAGCCCCAGUACCCAGUAAUUACGAGGAUCAGUCAUUGGAUGGGGACCUGAGUAUCAAUAAGCUGCUGUUUAUACAGAGCCGAGCUUACAAUAAGGAUGCUGCCUCUCUCAUUGCCAGUGGACCUCGUGCUCACAUCCACUUCUGGAAUGUCUUCCAGGGGGGAACCCUCAUGGCACAGUUCCCAGGAUCCACGACUAAGGGCGCUAUGAUCAGCACAAUGGCAAUCACCGACACAUCGGAUGGAAAUGAAGAUGAAAUCAUGCUAAUUGUAGGAGACAGCUACGGUUUCCUCUUCCUGUUCGAUAUCUCUGGUUAUUGUUUGAUGGCAUCUGAGGAUGAUCCUCCAGAAUUGAUUCACAGUUGGCGUGGUCAUAUAGACAGUAUAACUUGUAUGGAGCUGAUGGAAAAACAUAAACUUCUGAUGACGGCUUCCACAGACUGUACGGUACGACUCUGGAACUUUGACGGGGACUACAUUGGCACAUUUGGUCAGCCUGACCCCUGGGAUAUUUAUAAACCUUCAACGUACCGCCAUCCAAUGGUUCCAUACGAUGUGCUCAUUGACCCUAUGAGUCUUCCGUCUCACCCAGUGAUUGAAGAGAAAAAGAAUACUCAACAGAUUAUCCAUGAAGGAGAAAAUGGUCAUUUGAAGACUCCCCAGUUCACAUUUAAGAAAGAGCAGUUUUACAUUGAUGAUGACACAAUUGCUAAAGAACUUCACAAACUCCAAAGCAUCCUGAAAGAUGAAUCUCUCACAGAGGAACAAGCAAAAGCCUACAAAGGAAAAUGGUUAAGACAUGAGAAAACAAAAAUAAAAGAGAUUGAUCGAGGCGGCCCCAUUUUCUUUGUUCCUGAUGUGUGGGCUGCGUGUCCUGUGAAGUGGACAGAACAUAAUGGAAACUGUUAUUUUUUUACAACACAAGCCUACAGAUAUAAUGAGGCUGAUAUUCUAUGUAGUACACGAAAUUCCACCCUAACUGUCCUAAAAAAUAAUGAUGACUGGAAUUGGUUGCGGAACCAGCUAAAGACUUUACAGACUGACAUCUACUGGAUUGGAUUAAGAGUUUCCAACCAAACAUGGACUUGGUUAGAUGGCACUACAUAUAAUUCAUCAAAUGUACACUGGAAUUUAGACAAGGAACCAAGUGUAACAAAUGCUAGAGCUAGUUGUGCAGCUAUGAUGUCUUAUUCUGGGAAUUAUGGAAAAGUGUUUGCUCGAUACUGUUUGGAGUCUCGCCGUGUUAUUUGUGAAAAGCCAAAUGAUUCCUUUGAGUUGUGCGACUCUGGGGACAACUGGGAAUAUAUCAAUGGAUACUGUUAUAAAUUGUUUGAGGAGAAGAGAAACUGGUUUGAUGCUCGAACUGUUUGUCAACAGAACAAUGGUGACCUAUAUAUCCCAACAACUCGUAUGAUGGUACAGUCCAUCAGUGACCUCAUUCCUUGUCGAACUCCUGAGGAGAAAGCUUGGUUAGGGAUUUCAGACACUACCUGGCCUGGACACUUUGUGGGUAUAAACAACAAAACAUUAAGAUAUCAAGCAUUUUACUCUUAUGGAAGAACUAUUGUAAAGAGAGGUUCCACUUGUGUUUACUCCAAUCCCAUGUCCAAUUUCUACUGGCAAGCUACACUCUGUAGUGAUGAAAACAAAUUCUUAUGUGAGAAAAAAGCAGGGACUUGUCCAGUAGGCUGGCAGAGUUACUUAGACAACUGUUACCAGAUCAAUGACAUAAGUGGCUUACGAUCCACCUGGUUCAUUGCUAAGCAGUACUGUGAGAACCAAAACACAUCACUUCUGAUAAUUGGAAAUUCAGCAGAGGAUCAUUUCAUUCAACAAUUAAUGAACAACCAGAAAGUCACUACAGCUUGGAUUGGUUUCUCGGAUGAAUCUCAAGCUGAUGUGCUGAAAUGGGUGAAUGGUAACCUGGUGUCUGGUAACUAUACAAACUGGAGCUCUGGCUUCCCUAAACCCAGCCCUAAUCAGGCUGACUGUGGCAAGGUUCAGGCAGGAUCCUCAUUGUCUUCUUGGUCCAAUGGAUACUGUUUUAUAUCACUGCCAUUUAUAUGUAAAGCUAAAAUGAUAACAAGAAUCACAAAUGUCAAAAAACCAGCCCAGACUCAUUGUAAUAGUGGCUGGUUACAGUACAGAUCUGAUUGUUAUUUAUUUGGGAAUGACUCACUCCAGUCCUGGACCAAUGCUAGACAUGUCUGUUAUAGUUAUGGUGGUGACUCUGACUUAACUACAAUUAGAGAUCCGUAUGAGCAAUCCUUUAUCACAGAACAUAUACCUGACAUUGGGACAUCUUGGAUUGGACUAAAGUACAGUGCUGAGUAUCAGAAAUUUAGAUGGGUGGAUACAAGAUUUGUCAAUAGUGGGUUUCAGAAUUUUUUCCCCGGUGAACCAGAUGAUGUAGAUGAUGGUGAUUACUGCGUCAAAAUAAAGUCUGGACGACAGGAUUUUACAGGAGCCUGGGAUGAUGAAAACUGUACCAGUCCACUGAGUUUUAUAUGUAGAAAAAAAGCAGAACCUGGAGCAAUGUCAACUGUACAGCCAUCAACUACCCCAGCACCUUGGAAUGCUGCAUGUGGUCAGGGAUGGAUAUCAAACACACUCAGUAGCACAUGCUACAAGGUGGUGCUGGGAAAACCAAAGACAUGGAAUGAAGCAUUGUGGGAUUGCAACCAAAUGAUGGGCACCUUGCUCAAUAUAGAAAGUGUUAGAGAGCAGCAUUACAUUCAAGGAAUUCUGAGCACUGGUGUAUAUGCCAGCAUUCAGUCAAACUUUUGGAUUGGUGGAUCUGAUGCCACAAGGGAAGGUGGCUGGGAGUGGAUCAAUGCCACACUACCUUUUGCUUAUCUCAACUGGCAUCCAGGGGAACCAAAUGAGGCCUUGACAGGGGAGGAUUGUAUGGAGAUGGUCACCUCCUGGGGGUACCAGUGGAAUGACAAGCGAUGUGACCAUGAACAACAGUAUAUCUGUAAAAAGCCAGCCAUAUUGCCAACAACUACAGCUGGAGCACCAACUCCACUCACGCCAAAGAGCUGUGUUGCCCAGCCCCUUAUUUCUGGGGACUACAGUGUUCUAGAUGACAGGAUUACAGCCACAUCUGUCCACGAUACUGGUCACUCUGCUCAAGCCUCCAGGAUUUACCCUGGAAGUAAAGGUGGCUGGAGAGCUCUGUCAAAUGUGAAGGGCCAGUUAAUCCAGGUGUCAUUUUAUUACAUGACCAUCAUUAAGGGUGUUGUCACAAUGGGUCGCUCGGAUGCCCUUGAGUGGGUCAUGAGUUACAAGAUUCGUUACCAGUAUGACUAUUACUCUGAGUGGAACUGGUAUGAGGAACCUCCAGGAACUGUCAAGGUGUUUACUGGAAACACAGACAACAUGAACCCAGUGAACAAUACAAUACAGUUCCCUAUAGAGGCUAAGGCUAUCAGACUGUACCCUGAAACCUGGCAUGGUUCUAUCUCCUUACGCUGGGACAUAUUAGGGUGUAUUGAAGAUUUCUGUAGAGAUGAGUAUGCUGUAAGUGGACCACUGAUUGUGGAUGACAACAAAAUAACUGUGUCCUCCAUGUCAGACCCAAACCAUAGUAACACAGCAGCAAGGCUUCACAGCAUCAACCCCCUAAAGCUACCGGCGGGGUGGAAGGCUGCAGUGGAUGACAGUAAUCAGUGGCUUCAAGUAGAUCUAGGGAAAUCCAUGAUAAUCCGAGGAAUCACAACCAUGGGGAGCACGCUCAGACAAGAGUGGGUCACUUCAUAUAACAUCAUCUACCGUGUGGAUACCCAGGAGAACUUCUAUCAGGAACCUUAUGGAAAUGUGAAGACAAUCCUUGGAAAUGUAAACAACAAUGACACAGCAACCUACUUCUUCAAACUCCAGUUUGCAGCUCGUUACAUUAAAAUCAUACCUAUCACUUUCCAUGGAGGAAUCUCUAUGAGAUUUGAUGUUCUAGUUUGUCAACAUGGCUGUAAUGCAGAGCCCCUCAUCAGUGGCAAGAAGAAGCUACCUGAUGAUAUGAUAAAUGCCUCAUCUUCAAUGGACAAUGACCAUGGCCCUGCACGAAGUCGUCUAAAUCAGCCCUCCCAGGGGACAUACGCUGGGGCAUGGGUUCCUCUCUACCAGGACACACAUCAGUAUAUAGAGGCAGAUUUUGGUGUUGGAAUACAGAUUGUUGCUAUAGCAACUCAAGGUCGUCAGGAGAGAUCAGAGUGGGUAACCCAGUACACACUUUCUUACUCUGUGAAUGGAGUACGAUGGCUUAUAUAUGAUGCAUUCACCAGAGUUCCCAUUAAAUUUGAAGGUAACUUUGAUAGCAACACAGUGAGGAAACAUUACUUGAGCAUCCCAAUGAUAGCAAGGAAAAUAAGGCUGUGGCCAACAAACUUCCACUCCAGGAUAGCUCUGCGAUGGGAGGUUUAUGGGUGCCCAGGUGCAGAUUCUGGAACCAGAGUUGGUUGCUAUGCUGACAAUCCACAUGACCGAGAUUUGACAUACGAACCAUUUACUGACCCAUCAGUUGGAAUGUGGCCACCCAUGUGUGUUCACCAUUGUUUCAACAAAGGAUAUUACUAUGCUGGUCUGCAGGCCCAGUUUAAAUGUUUUUGUGGUAAUUCAUAUGGGAGAUAUGGACCUGCCACAGACUGUAACCUGAGUUGUUUCCCUUUGACAAGAUACCAAUGUGGAGGGAGACAAUCCAGUAUGAUCUACACAACAGGACUCACUCCUGCUAAUUCUGUCUGUCUGCCGGACUGGAAAGACUACAACAACCAUUGUUAUCUGAUGAUCCUGAAUAAGUAUAGCUGGAAUAUGGCCCGGUCCAAGUGUCAAUCCAUGGGAGCUGACCUGGUCACCGUCAACAGUCAGGCCGAGCAGGACAUGGUCUACAGCAUUAUCAGCAGCAACCAGGGAUCAGAUGUUUGGAUUGGCCUGAAUGACCAUCAUGAGUCCAACUUGUUUGAGUGGGUCAGAGGAGACAGGGUUAGGUUCACCAACUGGAACGUCAAUCAACCGCGACAACCUGGGAACACCAACCAGAAAUGUGUAAUGCUUAAUGCUACGGAUGGAGGCUGGCAGACAGACAAUUGUGACUCUACUUAUCAGUUUGUAUGUCAGGCGGACAAGAGACCCUCCGAGAAACCCACCACUACGCCUCAAGUCCAGGGCUGUCAACAAGGUUGGACUGCCUACCGCUGGUCCUGUUAUUUGGUAUUAGACAUGCCCCGAGCUUUUCUGGAUGCCCAGAGGGUCUGUAGGGACAAUAGAGCCACCCUUGUACAGAUCAAUGACAGGUAUGAGCAGUCUUACUUAUCCAGUGUCCUUGGACAGAAGACAGGCAUGUACUGGACAGAUGUGACUGAUCUCCGGUCACCUGGAACAUAUCGUUACUAUGACAGCGGAUUCCCGUACCUCACCUACACAAACUGGGGUAAUCAGAGACCAGCAGGUGGCACCUCUCGCUGUGUGGCUAUGAACUCGGGGGCUCGUGCAGGGUUGUGGUACGAUAUCCUGUGUAACAUGACUUCAGGGGCAGUGUGUGAGAAGAUGAGACUAGGGUUCACAUCUCCUGCCACUCCCCCUCCAACAACAGUAGGCACACCUUGUCCUAAUGGCUGGACUGAAAUCAACAACUACUGCUACCAGGUAAACAAUAAGCCUCAGAACAGAAUGGCUUAUUAUAAUGAUGCACAGGAGGACUGCAGAAACCAGGGAGCUAACUUAGCCAGCUUCCACAAUGCUGCAGAUGCCAACGCCCUCUGGCGAGGACAACUGGUAGGGGCAACAACUAAUUACUGGAUAGGGUUGGACGAUAAUCAUGUUGAUGGAAACCAGAAAGUAUACAGAUGGAAGGAUGGAUCAAGUCUGGAUUAUGUGAACUGGGCAGACCAUGAACCAAACAACUUCCACGGAUCAGAAGAUUGUGUGGAACUAGUUGUCUGGAAUGGAAAGUGGAAUGAUGUGAACUGCUACUCCAAACGAAAUUGGAUUUGUAAAAUCCCUAAAGGUUCCCAUUCUUACAAAAUGAGAACGACGCCAUUUGCUCCCUCAGCUGGACCCCCUGGAAGCUGUGGUUCAGACAUUGGCUGGGUGUUCUACAAGAACCACUGUUACCUGAUUGCCGAUGGGGCAGGGAACCAGGCUAAGACAUGGAGAGAAGCUCGGCGUUUCUGUCAGACUAAGGGUGGGGAUCUUAUUGCUGUCAACAGUGUACUGGAACAGUUCUUUAUUCAGCAUCAGAUCCUAAAUACCUCAGCAGCAGAUUUAUGGAUAGGAUUGAGUGAGGUGGACUUUGGCAUUGGAUACAAGUGGUCUGAUGGCAGUCCGGUGUCGUUCGUUAGCUGGUAUCCAGGAGAACCCAAUGACUUCUUUGGUGCUGAGGACUGUGUGGAAAUCAGAGUUGCUAAUGGUAAAUGGAAUGAUGAACACUGUUCAAGUAGACGGGGAUUUGUUUGUGAGAAGAGACUGGGAGCCACCCCUACAAAUCCUGCCCCUCCCAAAAUCCAGGGGAACUGUCCAGGGGGAUAUUCAGCUGCACAGUACAGCAACAAAUGCUACAAGGUGUUUACCAGUCCUAUGUCAUGGUCCAAUGCAUCCAAAUUCUGUGUGGCUCAGGGCAGGGAGAAGUAUUACUUGGCCAGCAUUAACAGUGAUCUUGAUAAUGCUUUUGUGACAACUUUGCUGAGGGGGUUGAACAUCAGCCCCUGGAUUGGUCUCCGCUUGAGCAAUGGAGUUGUACGUUGGGCUGACAAUAAUGAUGUCACUUACACAAAUUGGUACAAGGGAGAACCCAAUGGGGGAUCAGGAAGUACCAUGUGUGGAAGGAUAUAUGGAUAUCAACACAAUGCUGGGAGAUGGGAUGAUUUAGGCUGUGACAAUAAGGAACCUUUCAUCUGUGAAACCAUGAGAAAAACCUAUAUUACCACACCAGAACCCAUACCUAACCCAUGUAACAGUAAACAAGGAUACAAGCCUUUUGGUAAUGGAUGUUUUAAGUUUGUCUCCAAUCCUAAGUCAUGGCCCGAUGCUCGAGCUGACUGUGCGAGACAAGGGGCCUUCCUGGUGACAAUCUCUAGUGAGUUUGAACAAGCCUUUGUCAGACUCUUAGUGGAUGGUGUUGAAACAUGGAUAGGACUUAAUGAUAUCAAGAGCACUGGUACAUUUACAUGGAUGAACACUGUGUGGCCGGUGAUUUACACAGCCUGGGAUGUUGGACAGCCCAGUGAACACACUGGUGCCUGUGUCAGCAUCAACAGCACCACAGGAAAAUGGCAGACUACCAACUGUACACAGACUUUAUCUUAUGUCUGUAAAAUCACAUCAGAUAAUCCCCCAGUCACACCUCCAGCACCUAACAACCUGUGCUCUGGACAUGAAUGGCUCCUAAAUGGAAGCAAAUGUCUGCUAUUCCGUCCCGAUGAUUAUAGGACAUAUCUUGAUGCAACCCUUGAAUGUCAGAGUCACAGGGCAUCUUUGGUGUCUAUACACAGCAUGGCACAGAACCAGUUCUUACUAAAAACCAUCCAGGCAAAGUACUCAGUACAAACUGAGGGAUUCUGGGCAGGUCUUCACAAGUCUUCAUCAUCUGGAUUUAGCUGGUCUGACCAGAGUCCCACAAACUUCUUGAACUGGGAUGCUAAUGAGCCUUCAUCACAUGACCAGUGGGGCAAUAAUGAGAAUUGCGUGGAGAUUCAUGCCUGGAAUGGCAAAUGGAAUGACCUGGACUGUACACAAAAACGGGGCUACAUCUGUCAGCGAAAUCCAGUAUCAGAUGUUUAUCCCCAUACACCACCACAGCCCUCUAAUUCAACCUUUCCUUCACCAAGCGGUACCCUGGCACCAGCCAGUCCACCGACCCAAGGACCCCCAGGAGCGAGUUCAACACUGAAACCCCAAGGACCUUCAGUACCAACAAUAAACAGACCUACAAAAAUACCAACUCCCCCACCCUACACAGGACCUAGCGUAACAGGUGCAUCAAAGGACAGUGGUGGAUCCUCGCCUCUGAGUGGUGGAGGUAUAGCAGGAAUCUUGAUUGCUGCAAUCAUUAUUGCUGUUGUUAUAAUAGCGGUUCUUGUGAUCUUCAAAAGGAAACAGCAAGGGGGAGGUGCAGCUCUCAGCUUUGAAAACACAACAUACAGAUAUGAUACAGGACAGGAAAAUGGGAAAUUACACCUGAAUCAUCAGGAGACAGAUUCAAAAGAUGAAUGUUAAAUCAUGCUUGGUGCAGUGACAUAAUGGCAGUAUUAUUAUCAGACAUGUGAUUGUGAUUUCUAUUUGAUAUUUUAUCAUUUUUUCUUUUUCAUUACCAUGCAAUACUAUUUAACAAGCAUUUGAGAGGUACAAUGUACUUCAUUUAUUCUCAUAGGUCAUAAUUGUGCAAUAAAUGAUGUGUGACUGUAGCAUUGUACAUAAAUGUACAGUUGAGUCAUUCGUAUGUAGUACCAGUAGAAAGUAUAACAGAAGGAAAGAAGACAAUCAUUUUUUGUGCUUGACAGGUAGCCUUUGAAAUGUGAAAUAAUUUGGUUCUUUGAAUAAUUGGCAUAGAUGGUACAAAAGCAUGAGUUGCCAUGUCAGGUAAAUUGUUAUUGUUUCUUUAGGCAGAGACUUGCACUACUGCCUCAGUCCAUCUAGCUAUAGAGGGCACCUGCUACAGGGUGUCCCAAAAUAUAUGAUACCAUUUGAAAUAACCGUCAGAAACACGUCUUGACCAAUUUCUUUGAUAUUUGUCUCAUUUAAGUUGGAAUAAAUACAAUAUUUUGCAAUAAAAUAUUCAGUAAAAAAUUCUCACAUGGUUAGAAUUAUAAUCCAGAAUAUAACCACAGAGAAAUGCACUGCUGUCUUAAAUUAUGGAAUUUUGUGCAAUGUUUUAAUAUGAUCAUUACCCAGAUUGGAUGUCAUUUAGAGGACAUCAUUUAAAAACCAUAGCAUUUUUUAAAGUGUACUUAUUUUGUCCUGUUCCUUUCAAUGUCCGUCAAAUUGUGUGAAUAAAAUUGUACAGUAUAUGCAAUGUUUAUAGCGCAUUUGUUGUAAUUCAAUAUUCAUUAUAUUAUUUUUUACAUUAUCAUGAAAUGGUCUCAUAUAUUCUGGAACACCCUGUACUAGGCAAUACCCUUUGAUGAAAUUAUGUACCAGUUAGAUAGAACAUUUAUAAAAUGAGAAAUUAAACCACAUCAACAUUUGGAAAAAGAAAUCCUUAAUAUUUAAUACAUGAUUUACAGAUCUGGAGGAAAAAAUGAUAGUGUCUUGGAAAUCUGGUUUACAUUUUCACAGUUACUGGUUUAUAAGAUAAUCUGUCAAACUGUGUGUUGAUCAAACUCUCUGUCUUGAUGCCCAAGAACACCUGAUCAAUUUGAAUUUAGGUCAUAUUUUGCAAUAAACAAGGAAUCAAGAGGUAUAGUUAUAAAAAAUAAGUGCUAAUUCAAACCGUUUUUAUUUCAUAUACAAGACAUUAACAGGGAAUAAAUAAAUAUAUGUAUAUUCUAUCAAAACAUGUAAAUAUAAUAACAGUAUAAAAUUAUUAUAUAUAAAUAAGCAC